AUGCAGCCUGAUUCUAGAGCUCUGGAAGAAGUCAACGAGAAAUUAGUUCAGCAAGAAGCUCUUAUGAAUGAAAUCAAGCAGAAAGAUGAUGUGAUUGCUGGACUGGAAGAAGAAGUGAAGAGAGUGAGCACAGAAGAGAAGGCAGUGAGGUCGCAACAUGCUGAUUCCGAGAAUCACUGCAGACAGCUGGAAAGCCGUAUAGACGAGUUGAUCCUUGAAAUGGACAAAUUGCAUGCUACUUUCAAUGAAGAACGUGCCCGAGCGGAAAGUGAGCUAACAGAGUUGCAAGAACUUCAACAUCGAACUGAGUCUCAGGUAGUUGACCUUUCGGAAAAACUCAGAAUUUCUGAAGAAACAUUGCUUUCGAAGGAACGAGAUCUUGAAUCAGCCAGAAACAAUCUGAAUACGCAGACACUGGCAUUCGAAAAUGAAAUAUCCGAGCUGAAAGAAAAAUUAAAAGAAAGCACCGAAUCUGCGGCUGUAGCGUCGGAGCGUUCAACAGCCUCCCUUCGUGAAGUUCAGAAUAGCUUGAUUGAGGAAGAAAAGCGUGUUCUGGAGCUACGCCCAUAA